AUGACGAGAAAGAAGGUGAAGCUUGCGUACAUUGCAAAUGACUCGUCGAGGAAAGCAACUUUUAAGAAAAGAAAGAAAGGUUUAUUGAAGAAAGUGAACGAACUCUCGACCCUCUGCGGUAUCACUGCAUGUGCCAUCAUCUACAGUCCAUAUGACUCCAAUCCUGAGGUGUGGCCAUCAAAUUCUGGUGUGCAAAGGAUAGUUUCUGAUUUUCAGAUAUUACCCGCGAUGGACCAACACAAGAAAAUGGUGGACCAAGAAUUAUUUCUCAAACAGAGGAUCGCCAAAGCGUCCGAACAUUUGAAGAAACAGAAGAAGGACAACAGGGAGAUGGAGAUGACUGAAAUUAUGUUCCAGUGUUUGGUCGGAAACACAGGGAUGUUUCAUCUCAAUAUUAUUGAUCUUAAUGAUUUAGGCUAUAUGAUUGAACAAUAUCUUAAGGAUAUUAAUCGCAAGAUCGAGAUUUUGGGGAAUGCUGGUAUGGAGAUGGGCAAUGCGGCUGCAAUUGUAACCACUACAACCGCUCCAACUGCUGUUAUUCAUGAGGUGGGUUCAUCCUCCUCAUUUGCUGCUGACGCAGCUUUCUUUAACCCUUUUCAGCAUCAUCAUCAUCAGCAACAAUAUCGCCAUCCACCAGUUCCACAUGUUGGAUUCUAUGAGCAAACAUGGAAUCUGAAUCUAAAUCAAAAUCAUAAUCAGAACCAACAACAAUUUUUUAUAGAGAGAAUGAAUCAUCCUGAGCAAAUAAGUUAUGCAGCUGAGCACAUGAGUUUUCCAUUCAUGGAUGAUAACCACCGCAACCACCACCAUCAACAACAGCGAAUCCUGAGCAAUUUCUCUACAGAUCCGACCAUUGUCAGCUCAAGCAGUAUCAUCUCUGUUACCAGUCCAAAUACUAACAAUAAUAUAUGGUUCCGUUAA